AAUUGACAUUUAAUGGAUAACUCAUAACAUUUCUAUCGAUUCUAUAAUUACUACAAUAAUUAAAGAUGUCUCAUAAGAUAACUACUUUGAUGAGGAAUACACUCAAGAGAUUAGUUGAAAGUAACAAAUUUGAUAAUGUGUUGAAUCAGGUUAAUAUAACGGAUGCAUUCAAAGGUCGUUUAAUAGCUGAGAUGUUAGUGACUAAAGAAGCAACCAAUUGGUCCAAUCAUUUACACGGAGGAAUGACAGCCACUAUUGUUGACCAGUUAUCGAGUCUGGCGCUGACCACUGCUUUUAUUGAUGAAAAUGACAUUAAAGAUGAAACCUUUUAUAAAGCACGGAGUGUUAGUUUGGAUUUAAGUAUAACUUAUUUAACAAGUGUUCAAUUGGGACAAACCAUUGUCAUUGAAGCAAAUACUCUUAAAUGUGGCAAAAAUAUAGCAUUUCUUUCAGUAGAUAUCUUUAAUAAAGAUAGCAAACAAUUGAUAGCUAAAGGAAGUCAUACCAAAUAUUUGUUAAAUAAUUGA